GGAAUCGCCGGCAUAUAUCGGCAGCAGCGAACCACCCCGGGGAGGCGAGAUCGAGGAGGCCGGAGCCGCGCUGGAGUUCUACCCUGAAAGGUGGAGCUUGAAUAGUUGGUGCCUCUAUCUCUCAGCAAGGGCGCUCAUGCCUCACGUUGAAAAUAGGAAAAUUUCAUCAUCUGCUUCAUAAUUGUUCAAUUGUUUCUAGGAUUGAUAUAGCAAUCAGAUUCAUACUCUGAGAAGAUCAAAUAGGAUCUUAGAAAAGAAUUAUUUUGUUCGAAAGGUUGUUAUUUAUUUGCAACGAUGAAGGAUCACCUAAUGCUCAAUGUUGAUCGCCUAAUGGUGCCUGAGCCCAUUGAGGCCACUGGAGCACCCAAAAGCUCCUCAUCAAGGGACGCCACUGCACUGCUACCCUCUGCAGCACAUUCCUUUUUUGGAGUUGGAGACAGCAUGGUUCCUGAAGAAGAACCUCUUCUCCAGAUGAUGGAGUGUCGUAUUUGUCAGGAGGAAGAUGAAAUCAAAAAUCUGGAGAGCCCAUGUGCCUGCACUGGCAGUGUUAAGUAUGCGCAUAGGGCCUGUGUGCAGAGAUGGUGCAAUGAGAAAGGAGAUGUAACAUGUGAAAUCUGUCAUGAGCCGUAUGAACAUGGCUACACUGCACCACCCAGACCCCAUCCUGAUGAAACUACCAUUGAUAUAAGUGGUGGCUGGACCAUUACUGGUACAGCAUUUGACUUGCGUGAUCCUAGGAUCCUUGCAGUAGCACAAAACCACAUUAUGGAAGCUGAGUAUGAUGAUUAUUCAGCUACAAACGCCAGCACUGCUGCCUUCUGCCGUUCUGCUGCUCUUGUGUUAAUGGCUCUCCUAUUACUGAGGCAUGCAUUGACUCUAACUGAUGAAGACGAUGACGAUACUUCAGCAAUGUUUUCACUUUUCUUACUGCGUGCUGCUGGUUUCCUUCUGCCAUUCUAUAUAAUGGCUUGGGCAAUUAGUAUUUUGCAGCGUCGCAGACAUCGACAGGAGGCAGCUGCGUUAGCAGCAACAGAGGUGGCAUUCAUUCUCCAGUCUGGGCAAGGACGAGGGGUGCAUUUCACCAUAGCACCAGAUUCUCCUGCCACACCCCAGCACGAACCACAACCUUGAAGGGGUCUGCCAAAGAGCAACCAGCUGGCAGCCGUGGCGACAACGGGUUGAUGGUUUGCGCGAAUCACCAAAGCAGUUAUGGUUGAUGCCAGUGCGGAACCAUAUUAUUUACUUAUUUUACAUCAGUGCCGUGAGUGUAACGUUCUGAGACUUGUCCAGUUUGUGCUCGGGAUUUCGCUUGUUGGGGUUGGCCAAGGAGUCUCAUGUGACGUGGUGUGUAUAAAGUAACAAAUGCCAUUUGGACCAUGUACGUCGGUCCUAACUGUUAACUUAAAGAGAGCAAACAGACAGUGACUGUUUUGCCUAGUCUACACGCUUGUUUUACAAGAAAAAUAUAUACCCUUCGUAGAAUUGUAUCAUUUGAUUGGUAGUAACGUGAAAUUACAGCACUUGUAAGCAUGAA